AUGGGAGGAAUCGACGCGUUCGACUACGAUAACCUGAAGUUCACCCUCGCAAAGCACUCCCAAUGGCGCCAAUGCGAUGAGCAGAGCAUCCUCGAGCCAUACACGUACCUCACCUCUCAGUCUGGAAAAGAGGUUCGAAGUCAGAUGAUCAACUCCUUCAACGCUUGGCUCGAUGUGCCCGAGGACAAGCUGGACAUUAUUAGGCGGAUCGUCGGCAUGUUGCAUAACGCUAGUCUGCUCGUGGACGACGUGGAGGAUGACUCCCAAAUGCGCCGUGGCAAUCCUGUCGCGCACAAGAUCUACGGAGUUCCACAAGUCAUUAACACGGCAAAUUAUGUCUAUUUCCAAGCCUUCUUAGAGCUAUCCGCGCUGCAGGCAACUUGCAUCGACGUCGAUCUGCAUUCCAUUGUUAUCGAUGAGCUUCUGAACCUUCAUCGUGGGCAGGGUCUCGACCUACUUUGGCGAGAUACCUUGACAUGUCCGUCCGAGCGCGAGUAUGUCGCAAUGGUCAGCAACAAGACGGGAGGGCUCUUCCGAUUGGCUGUACGGCUCAUGAUGGCAAAUGCUACGAAGAACGUCGAAGUCGACUAUAUCCCGCUCGUGAAUCUCAUUGGAAUUUACUUCCAGAUUAGGGACGAUUACUGCAACCUACAAUCCAAGAAUUACGCCGCAAACAAGGGCUAUGCCGAAGACCUCACCGAGGGCAAGUUCUCCUUCCCUAUCGUGCACGGCGUUAAUUAUAACCCGAAAGACCGGUCGCUCCUCAGUAUCCUGCAGAAACGUCCGACCACGCCGACGCUGAAAGAUCAUGCCGUAGCGUAUUUGGAAUACCGCACGAAGUCGUUCGAAUACACCCGCAUGGUGCUGGAUAAGCUCGAGCGACAAGUGCGCGAGGAGCUCGCACGUCUCGGUGGGAACCGCGGACUAGAGUCCAUCGUGAACGCGUUAACGAAGACUGACUGA